AUGACAAUCAUUGGUUCAAUAACAAAUCUAAAAAUUUAUAGUGGGCCAACUAUCAAACAAAAUAUACAAAAAACUCAAAUCAAUAUAGAUAAUCAAAACAUUAAUUGUUUGGCUGGUUUGCUUGGUCCUAAAAAUGGGGACCUAAUUCGUUAUAGAUGGUGGAUUAGAUUUUGGGACACAUAUCCAAAUAGCUCCAAAGAAUAA